UUUUGACUUGAAGAAGAAGCGGAAGCUGCGUCACGUCAACAUGGCGGGCAGGUGAAGUUCUCCGGAGGCAAGCGUCUGUUGAAGAGGUUUUUCAGCUUGUUCCCUUCACUUUUCACCUUUAAAACAAUGAACAACUCUUUCCCUCUCGCUCCUCCGGAGAACCAGCAGUCUUUCCUGUACACCGGCGGCAACCCGGAGCCUCCGCAUCCCGCCGGGAGAGCGCCGCACGGCCCGGCGGCUCGCCCGCUAACAGCCCUGCCUCAGCGGCCGCCGCCAGCCGACCCCGGGGCCUGCCGGUGGUCCGCUCCGCCGGGAUUUAACGGACAUAAUUUUGGGUUUAGACCGCAUUUCCCACCGCCUGGACCCGGGUUAGACAGUUAUGGAAGACCUCGGCCUGCGUUCGGCUAUGGUUUUGAUCCGUCCGUCCCUCCGCCUCCGUUCAGCGGCCCGCCUCCCGGCCACUUCCCCGGGCUAGACCCCGCCGGACACGGGAGCACAAACAGCAGCAGCGUGGGGGCUGCGGGUGUCCACCGGCCCGCUCCGCAUCCCGGCGGGCAGUACGGGGCAGAGCCAGGGUUCCUCAGGCAGCAGGACUACACAGACCUGCCUGACGGACAGGCUGCAGCCCCGCUGGACUUCCCCCCACCUCCUGUGUGGGGUAAAACCCCAGAGCAGAACCAGGGCAGAGCCGCAGAUCCGCCUGCUGCAGAUCAAGAGUUUGCUCAGAAGGUACAAGACCAUCAGUUUAUCAGGCGCUUCCUCAGCAGCAGAAACAAAAGCAGAGCCGGCAAAUCUCCGGAGCCCCGGCGGCAGAGCAGGGUGUGUGUCCCCGGGAUGAGAGCGGCUCUGUACGGAGCCCUGCGGCUGGUGUCCGACCUGUCCGCCGCAUGUGAGGCCCUGAAGCGCAGCCUGCACAGCGACACGGAGUGGGCCGAGUCCUACACGGCGGCUCUGAGGCUGCAGGAGGAGCUGCAGGAGCGGCUCGGGGCGCUGGGCGACAGGGAGACUGUGUGUCUGCUGAAGAGGAAGCUGAGCUCUGCUGCUCAGAGGAGGGAGAGGAGGAGGAGGAGGAGGCAGCUGAGGGAGGAAGAGGAGGAACACACCGAGAGGAAGGCCGCUGAGAGAGAGGCACAGAUAGACAAGUGGAGGAUGAAGAAGAUCCAGGAGGUGGAGGAGAAGAAGAUGGAGCAGGACCUGAAGCGGGCGGCCGACUCGGUGCUGUGCGAGGUGCGCAGGAAGCAGGCGGACGUGAAGCGGAUGCAGGACGUCCUGCGAUCUCUGGAGAAACUGAGGAGGCUGAGGAAGGAGGCGGCGUCCAGGAAGGGUAUCUUCCCGGACAGGGAGUGGGACGAGGCGUUCGGCGGGCGCCUGGAGCAGCUGCGGGCGGUGGCGAGGCGGCGCACGGAGCUGUACGGCGCUGAGGAGAAAGCUCUGAGGGUGAUGCUGGAGGGGGAGCAGGAGGAGGAGCGCCGCAGGGAGCGGGAGCGCCGCCUCCGCAGGGAGAGAGAGCGGCUGCUGACCAGGAGGCGGGAGCUGCUCGCCGCUCUGUUCGGAGACGAGCAGCCGGCGGAUCUGGUCCUGCAGCCGUUCAGGGAUUACUUCACCCAGGCUGAGCGCUCGCUGCCCGCUUUACUGGACAUCAGGAGGCAGUGGGAUGCGUUCCUGGUGGCUGCAGAUCAUCCGGAUGGUUCCUCGCUUCCUCAGGACUGGAUCGUCCCUGCACCUCCAUCUGACCCGGCCUGGGCCUCCGUCCUGCACAGCGACACAGACACACUGACAAUACUGACACACACGCCGACAAUACUGACACACACACACCAAAACACACACUGACACACUCACUGACAACACCGACACACGCAUUGACACACAGCCACACACACACCAACACACUGUGUUUUGUAUCUUUUCCUGUUUUAACCUUAAAUCCUGAUUCUUCCUUCACUCUGUUUGUCUGUCUGUUAUUUUGCUGUCAGUCAAAGCAAUUUGUAAACUCGGUUUCUAAAGCUGCUAUAGAAAUAAAGAUUAUAGUUGUAUUGUUA